GGAAGAGAGCUUUGAAUGGCUACUGAAACAUUCAAGAGAGCAAUGUGCCAACAAGAGCCAAAGACAAUUUUCACUGAUCAAGAUAAGGCAAUGGGCAAUGCAAUUGAAAAGGUUUUCCCAAAUACAAGACAUAGGCUUUGCCUUUGGCAUAUAGAGAAGAACUUUGUAAGCCACUUCGGAUCCCUCAAGACCAAUGAAGACUUCAAGAACAUGUUCAAGAACUGUUUGAUGGGGUGUCAAAAUGAAUCAGGCUUUGAAGAAUUGUGGGCGAAAAUGAUGGAAUUGUAUGGACACGAGAAAAAGGAAUGGUUCGAGCAAGUAUAUGAUCAGAGACACAAGUGGUGCACCGCAUUAAAUAGGGAUAUGUUUUCAGCUGGAAUCUUAUCAUCACAAAGAAGUGAAGUCACAAAUAAGGCAAUAUCAUUCAAUGCAAAAGCAACAACAAACCUGUUUGAAUUCUAUCAUAUAUUUGAGCAAACAGUGAAAAGAUGGAGAAGCAAUGAAACUAGUGACAACUUCCGGAACAGAACUGAACGUCCCAAAGCCGUCAAAUCCAAAUCAAAGCUUCUGAAACAUGCAGCUGAUGUAUACACACUAGCACUGUAUAAUGACUUUGAAACAGAGUAUGAGUGGGCAAUGGCAUCAUUUUUACGAGCAUUUGCAACAGAAAACUCACAGCUGAAGUUGUUUGAAGUCUCACCAGAAGAAGAUUUCACCAAUUCACAUACAGUAGCAUACGAUGAGGCUACAACAGAAUUAGUGUGCUCAUGUCAAUGCUUCACAGAGACGGGGAUGCUUUGCUUUCACAUAAUAAGGGUCAUGCACAUGUUCAGCAUAUUUCAAAUACCACAACAAUAUAUCCUUAAGAGAUGGACAAGACUUGCAAAGUCAGCAGUAUGGGAGAAUGUUCAAGACAAGGACCAAAGCCAAAAUGCACUGUUGUGGACACCAUGGAGACAUGCAAUAACCAAGAAUUUCUACAACCUAGUGUCAAUAUGUCAAUCAAAUGAGGAUGCAAGAACAUUAUCUUAUAUUAAUUGA